AUGAACCUACUUUUAUCAUUUGCAAUUCUCAUUCAUUUCUCAACUCAUUUUUAUGGCAAUUGCAUCCCUGAUAACGUUCAACUUGGUUCCCAAACUACCCUUGUGGUACCUGGGUUGUACAUUCUCGGGUUCGUCGGACGAGCGUUCAUUCUCGAGACGAGCCAGCCUGUGCCCAACUUUCGGGUUGGUCUCACUGUUGAAGCUGUUGAAGGAAAGUAUGUGUGUUCGUUUGACGUUUUUCUUGGAGACUUUAAGGUAUGGAGUUCAUCCCAUUUAUCGCGGUUUUUUACCUCAGAGAAAUGUGUGCUUGGUCUCACUUGGGACGGAGACUUGCAAUUGACGGGUCGUGAUGAUGAACUCGGGUGGCGAACCGCAACGUACGGGCAAGGUAUACAGAGGCUGCAAUUAUCAAACACUGGGAAUCUUGUUCUUGUGGAUGAACUCAAUAUGAUCAAAUGGCAAAGCUUCCAUUUUCCCACCAAUGUAAUGCUUUGGGGUCAAAGACUUGAUGUUGGAACAAUCCUAACAUCCCUCCCUACAAAUGAUUCAAAUUCAUAUUUUUCGUUCGAAAUUCAACGCAAAAAACUCGUACUUUUCUUGAAUUCGGGUACAUUUAAGUACUCGUAUUGGGAAUUCAACCCCGAGAAACCCGUUGAAAUCUCGUUCGUUCGUUUGGCGUCCAACGGAUUACAAAUAUUCAACGACGAAAGCCACAAGAUCGCACAAAUUCCCUCGAAAAGACUCCAACUUUUACGGUUUUUAGCCGUCGAGAAUACCACCGGGAACCUCGGGUUGUAUUAUUACUCGACAAAAACGAUGAAACUUGAGGCCUCGUUUCGGGCCCUACGGAACAAAUGCGACGAACCGAACUUUUGUGCCGCUGAUGAGAUUUGUACGGUUUCGAACAAGUGUUCGUGUUUGGAAAUCAAAGGGUAUUCGCGUAAUUUUUGUAGGAAUUCCAGGGUCGAAAUGAUGGAGAUUCGGGGUGCGGUAAGCAUUUUGAGAGACGUAAAUAGGAAGAUCGUUAACGGGACGAGGGAAUCGUGUGCGGAUUCGUGCAUCGAUGAUUGUACAUGUGUUGGUGCGUUGUUUACAAGUGGGAAUAGUGAGUGUUAUUUGUACGAGGAGCUUAGGGGCGUGAAGGAAGGCGGUGCCGGUGGCCGCAACGGUGCCGGUGACGGAGGCCGCGGCCUCGGCGAUGUGAGUUUCAUGGUGAAGGUAUUGAAGGGUGGGAAGGGAGGGAAGACAUUGAAGAAAUGGGUGUUGGUUUUGAUUGUUGUUGGUGAUGGAUUGGUUCUUUUUGUAUGUUUGGGUGGAAUUGGAUUUUAUAUGUUACGGAGAAGAAAAAAAGAAACAAAUAAUAAUUGA